AUGACCAAAGAGCACGGAGCUGACCAAGGGAAGAAGAACGAGGGGAGAGUCCGUGUCUUUGAUUUAGACUCUCUCUCCAUUCAAACUUCAAAUCCGCGGCCACAAAUAUCGGCAGCUAGGCCAUUAGGAGGAGAGCAAUGGUUAGAGAAAAUUCUUGGGAAUAUUCAAUCUCUUGCAAGGGGUCCGAUUCCACCAUCUCGUGGGUCACCAUGCACUCAUAUUCCUGACAAUGGUAGUGGCAAAUGCCGCUUAGGUGCAAGGAAUUUUGCUGGUCAUAUCGUUGCUCAUGCACCACCUGCCUUUCCUGCCGGUGCCAUCAUCAACUCUGAUGCAGCUUCUGUCACUAUAUAA